UACCAAAUACCACAUCUAAAACAAUUCCCAAUCAUUAUUCAUCCUCAACCUCCAUUUGCAAGCAAAAAUGGCAUCAACUUCUUCACUGCUCCUCUCUUCUUCUUCUUCUUCUUCCUCCUCCAUUUUCAACCCGUUUUCGACUUCUUCACCGAAAGCGGGAAGCGUAAUUCGACAACAACGGAGGUCUAGAAUUGUUGCAUCGAGUAGAAAAGAAGCGCACGAUCACCACCAGAACUACAGCAGCAGGCUCGUGGAUGAGAACAUGAUCGUUUUGAGGAAGAAAAUCCACGAGAUGAAGAUGGUGGAGAGGAACUACGAGCCUCCGGCGGAGUGGAUGGACUGGGAGAAGAGGUACUACACCAGCUACGACUCGUUCAUAUGCCAAGUCAUGGGUUUGUUGCAGUCGCAGUUGAUGAACACCAGGCCGAGCUUGGCUCUCGCAUUCAUGGCUUUGAUCGUUUUGAGCGUCCCGGCCUCGACGUUCAUGGUAUUCUCCCAUUUGCUGGAGAUCACAAAAGGAGCAUUGACCAGUGGUUUUGGUAUAUGAGGAAAUAUUCAAGUACUACUAGAUUUGUUUGUAAAUAGUUUAUCUAUUUCCAGUAGCUAAUUAGAAAGUUUCGGGAAGAUUAGCUAAUAGAAAAGUUUGGGGAAGUUCGCAUUUAUCAGAUUCA